AUGGCGCCCAGAUACCGUGGGAACAAGUCCGCAAGCCUCGGACAUGGCCUCGACAAAGAAAUCUACCAAGCAAUCCGCAAGCUUGACGAACAACAUCUUGACGAAACCGGGGAGCCGCUAUCUUUAGUGGCGCAUACUAUAUAUGACAGAAUCCGACGGUCAAAUUCCAGUCUAAAUCGCAGGCCAAAAAAGGUGCUUGAAGAUAGCAUUGAACGGGUCUUGGACAUCUUUAAGCAGGACCGAGCGGUGGAGGAAGAUGGGGAUAUAAUUGAAGGCGAUUUCGAGGGCCUGGAAGAGAAUAAACCCGAUGAGUCGAAUGGUUUGAACAAGAGCAUUGUCAACAUGUGGGCUCCGCAACCAAAAGCUCAGUCGUCAUCACAAAGGCCCUCAGAAAACACAACCCCAGACGUGUCGUCCCUACGUGUGACAGCUAGCAAACGCCGAGGGGCUGGGGGCGAGUCUGCUCCAAAACGACGGAAACCAGAAAGCUCCAUUGACAAAUCACCGCCAACUCAUGUGAGCCUAGCGGAUUUGGGAGGCGUGGAUGAUAUUAUACAACAACUAGAAGAGUUGAUUGUCCUUCCGAUGACUAGACCACAAAUAUUUUCUUCGUCAAAUGUACAGCCCCCUCGCGGAGUGCUUCUUCAUGGACCACCGGGUUGCGGUAAAACGAUGAUUGCCAACGCAUUUGCUGCCGAAUUAGGUGUACCUUUUAUCGCGAUAUCGGCUCCGUCAAUCAUUUCAGGGAUGUCUGGCGAGUCUGAAAAAGCAUUACGUGACCAUUUCGAGGAAGCCAAAAAGGUGGCCCCAUGUCUGAUAUUUAUGGAUGAAAUCGAUGCAAUUACACCAAAACGUGAGAGUGCGCAGAGAGAGAUGGAGAAGCGAAUUGUUGCGCAACUACUCACCUGCAUGGACGACUUAGCAUUGGCGAAAACCGAUGGAAAGCCUGUGAUCGUUUUAGCUGCUACAAACCGACCUGACAGUCUCGACCCCGCAUUGCGGCGUGGGGGGCGAUUUGAUAAAGAAAUUAAUCUAACAGUUCCUAGUGAGCCUGUGAGAGAACAGAUACUCCGGGCCUUAACGAGGGAUAUGAAUUUAGCAGAUGAUUUGGAUUUUAAAUUCCUAGCGAAAGGGACGGCAGGCUUCGUUGGUGCAGAUUUGAACGAUUUGGUUUCUACAGCCGCAACAGCUGCUAUAAAACGUUAUCUUGAUUUGCUAAAAACGUCUCCAGGAGAAGAAAUGGAUAUCGAGGAACCCUCAAAUGGGGUGAGUAAAAAGGUUCUGGAACUUCGCCAACUCAUAAAGCGUGCUCGUGGGACUCCUCAUGAGGCAGAUCCACAGAUAUACGUCUCCAAUGCCGAUUUCCUUACUGCACUCCCUAAGAUUCAACCAUCUUCGAAACGAGAAGGAUUCGCAACUAUUCCUGCUACUACCUGGGCAGAUAUUGGCUCACUUGGCUCUAUACGGGAGGAGCUUGUAACGGCCAUAGUCGAGCCGAUACGGAAUCCUGAAAUCUAUUCCAGUGUUGGAAUAUCUGCGCCCACUGGUGUCCUUCUCUGGGGCCCUCCAGGAUGUGGUAAAACCCUACUUGCCAAAGCUGUGGCCAACGAAUCCCGUGCAAACUUCAUCAGUAUAAAGGGACCUGAGCUUCUCAACAAGUACGUGGGUGAAUCUGAACGUGCUGUACGACAAGUCUUCUCUCGCGCUCGAUCCUCUGUUCCGUGUGUUAUUUUCUUCGACGAGCUGGAUGCUCUGGUUCCUCGGCGAGACGAUACCAUGUCAGAGGCGUCAGCACGCGUUGUUAAUACGCUGCUCACUGAACUGGACGGGCUCGGAAGCUCAAGGAAUGGUAUUUAUGUGAUAGCAGCAACCAAUAGGCCUGACAUCAUUGAUCCAGCCAUGCUUCGGCCAGGUCGUCUUGAGACGUUACUCUUUGUCAACUUGCCUGGAAGAGACGAACGGCCAGAGGUCCUACGGACCCUUGUGCGGAACUUGCCUAUCGAAAUGACUGAAGAUCUGGAGGAAUUGGCACGAUCCUGUGAAGGAUUUAGCGGAGCGGACCUAGGCUCUUUGCUACGCCGUGCAGGUUAUUCUGCAAUAAAACGAAGAGACACUAUCAAAUUCGAAGACUUCAUUGCUGCAAAGCAGCAGAUACGGCCUAGCGUAACGGAUAUGAAAAAAUAUGAAAGCCUGAAGAGGGUAUGGGGAGGGGGCAGUGCGUUUUAG